AUGCUGUACGGCGUGGGGCUCACCGAGGCCGACAUGCACAAGGCGCAGGUGCGCAAGGGGGGGAUUGGGCGGAAGGAGGGGGGAGGAAGGGGUGUGGGGGAGCUUUGGGAGGAUGACAUGGGCGAGGCGCGCGGAGGCAAAGGGAAGGAGGAGGAGAUGCUAGAGGAGAGCGACGAGGUGGAGGAGACGAGAAAGAUAAAGGAACGGAAAUCCGCAUUGUGCCCCAUCGCCAUCACCAUCAUCACCUCCCCAUCCGCUCCCCUUCAUCACCUCCACAUCCCCUCCCCUAUCCCUCCUUCUCUCCCCCAACCCGCUUCCGCCCCGCCCUCCUUCCGCGUGUGGCGGCAGGUGGGGAUCUCGUCGGUGUGGUACGAGGGCAACACGUGCAACAUGCACCUGCUGGAGCUGGCGGAGGCCGUGAAGGGCGGCGUGACGGACGCGGGGCUGGUGGGGUUCCGGUUCAACACGAUCGGCGUGAGCGACGGCAUCUCCAUGGGCACGGACGGCAUGAGCUACAGCCUGCAGUCGCGCGACCUCAUCGCGGAUAGCAUCGAGACGGUGAUGGCGGCGCAGUGGUACGACGCCAACAUCUCCAUCCCCGGCUGCGAUAAAAACAUGCCCGGCACGGUGAUGGCGAUGGCGAGGCUCAACCGACCAGCCAUCAUGAUCUAUGGCGGCACCAUCAAGCCGGGCCAUUUCGAGGGAGCCACCCUUGACAUCGUCAAUGCCUUCCAGGUACGCCCUCCCUCUCCCUCCCUCGCCCUCCCUCUCCCUCCCUCGCCCUCUCUCUCCCUCCCUCGCCCUCCCUCUCCCUCCCUCGCCCUCCCUCUCCCUCCCUCGCCCUCCCUCUCCCUCCCUCUCCCUCCCUCUCCCUCCCUCUCCCUCCCUCGCCCUCCCUCGCCCUCCCUCUCCCUCGCCCUCCCUCUCCCUCCCUCGCCCUCCCUCUCCCUCCCUCGCCCUCCCUCUCCCUCGCCCUCCCUCUCCCUCGCCCUCCCUCUCCCUCGCCCUCCCUCUCCCUCGCCCUCCCUCUCCCUCGCCCUCCCUCUCCCUCGCCCUCCCUCUCCCUCGCCCUCCCUCUCCCUCGCCCUCCCUCUCCCUCGCCCCCCCUCUCCCUCGCCCUCCCUCUCCCUCGCCCUCCCUCUCCCUCGCCCUCCCUCUCCCUCGGCCUCCCUCUCCCUCGCCUCGCCCUCCCUCUCCCUCGCCCUCCCUCUCCCUCGCCCUCCCUCUCCCUCGCCCUCCCUCUCCCUCGCCCUCCCUCUCCCUCGCCCUCCCUCUCCCUCGCCUCGCCCUCCCUCUCCCUCGCCCUCCCUCUCCCUCGCCCUCCCUCUCCCUCGCCCUCCCUCUCCCUCGCCCUCCCUCUCCCUCGCCCUCCCUCUCCCUCGCCCUCCCUCUCCCUCGCCCUCCCUCUCCCUCGCCCUCCCUCUCCCUCGCCCUCCCUCUCCCUCUCCCUGCCUCUCCCUCGGCCUGCCUCUCCACUCUUUUCCCCUGCUGUCCUACGGCGAGUUUGUGGCGGGGAGGAUAACAGAGGAGGAGAGGCAGCAGGUGGUGCGCCACUCGUGUCCGGGGCAGGGCGCGUGUGGCGGCAUGUACACCGCCAACACCAUGGCAUCCGCCAUCGAGGCGCUGGGGCUCACUCUGCCCUACAGCCCACACCGCCCUCCUCCCCCUCAGCUCGUCAACCGUCAAGCUGACUCAAACCCCUCCUCAUGCACCCCUCCUCUCAUGCACCCCAUCCCCCCUCCACACCCCCUUUUUCCCCCUCACAGCUCGUCCAUCCCAGCGGAGGACCCAUUGAAGCUGGACGAGUGUCGCCUGGCGGGGGCGGCGAUCAAGCGGCUGUUGGAGCUGGACGUGAAGCCAAGGGACAUCAUCACGCGGGAGGCGCUGGAGAACGCCAUCACCACUGUCAUCGCCCUGGGCGGCUCCACCAACGCCGUGCUGCACCUCAUCGCCAUCGCCCGGGCGGUGGGGCUGAGCCUGACGUUGGACGACUUCCAGGCCAUCAGCGACCGCGUGCCGUUCAUUGCUGACCUCAAGCCCAGCGGCAAAUACGUCAUGGAGGACGUGCACAAGAUCGGCGGCACGCCAGCAGUGCUCAAGUACCUGCUGGAGAAGGGGCUGCUGCACGGGGACUGCCUCACCGUGACGGGCAAGACCCUGGCGGAGAACCUGGCCUCCGUGCCGCCACUCUCCCCCGGUCAGGACGUCAUUCGCCCAUUGGAGGAGCCCAUCAAGCAGACCGGCCACUUGCAGAUUCUGUACGGCAAUCUGGCACCGGAGGGGUCGGUGGCAAAGAUCACGGGCAAGGAGGGACUUUACUUCAAAGGUGGGGUGAUGGGGGAGAAGGGGGGUGAAGGCCCGGCGUUGGUGUUUGAGGGCGAGGAGGCCAUGCUGGAGGCGCUCUCCGCCGACCCCAACAGCUUCAAGGGAGCGGUGGUGGUGAUACGGGGAGAGGGCCCCAAGGGCGGGCCGGGCAUGCCGGAGAUGCUCACGCCCACCUCCGCCAUCAUGGGCGCUGGGCUCGGCAAGCCCUCUUCACUCUCUGACCUGCUCUGCCCUCAUGGCUCUCUGACCUGCUCUGCCUGUCCGUCUCUCCUCACACUGCUCUCCACCGCUUAUCUCCCCCACACACACCAGGAGGUGGCGCUGCUGACGGACGGGCGCUUCUCCGGUGGCUCUCACGGCUUCGUGGUCGGCCACGUCUGUCCCGAGGCACAGGUGGGCGGCCCCAUCGGGCUGGUGCAGAACAGGGACGUGAUCACCAUCGACAUGGAGAAUAGGGCCAUGGACAUGGCGGUCAGUGAGGUUGGUCAUUGGGGACUCUCAAUAUCCAACCGCUAUCCCUCCCCUUUCCUCUGCGCGCAGGUGGGCGGCCCCAUCGGGCUGGUGCAGAACGGGGACGUGAUCACCAUCGACGUGGAGAAGAGGACCAUGGACAUGGAUGUCAGCGACGAGGAGCUGCAGCGCCGCCGUGCCAACUGGGUGGCGCCGCCUCUCAAGGCCACCCGCGGCACGCUGUACAAGGUGUGUGCGCCUGUGCAAAAGUCUCUAUUAGUCACUCAUAUCCUUCCUUUACUCACGCACCGUGCUUUGUGCCUUGUGCUGCCACCCCGCCCCCCCUGGCCACGGCAGUACAUCAAGACGGUCAAGUCAGCAUCUGAAGGCUGUGUCACGGAUGAGUAG